AUGCCACCUGCAGAAUGGACAACACCAGACCAGAAAGCUUACCUUGAGUCGAAGUACAAUGAUUUUUUGAAGGCACAAGCCGGGUCGUCUGUAACACAAUUCUGGGGCCCUGUGUUCUCAGAGUGGUUCAGAAGGUUCCCUGAGGAACUUGCAAUUUUUGGUGAAGCGCCGGAAGUCUUGUCAGAAGAGCAAAAAGAGGCGAAAGGCACAGCUGUUGAUCUCAGGCAAAAGAAAAUCAAGAAUUGGUUUAACUACCGUUCUCAGAAAAGCGGCCGCGCUGCUGUAAACGCAAUGGGCAAAACAAUUCGACAGAUGCUCACCAGCAAAGCCAAGGGCACCCGCGUCCACACAGAGGUUGAAAUAUUCUCAAAGAUGAGGUAUGCAAAUGAUGUUCAGCCGCAAAUGAAGGAGGGCAUCGCUUCAGGCAGCCUUAGUACCAAGAAUGAAAAGUUGGGAGCUGUGAGAUCGAUGACACGCACAGCUUAUGAGGAUGCGAGUGAGGAUUUGAAGGCCUUGUGUAGGGCAAAGGUUCAGGAGGAACGGGAUGCCAAGGCAUCAGAAGUCCUCAAGAAGACAGAUGAGGCCCCUACCAACGCUCAAUAUGCUAUGGCACUUACUGAGUGUAUGGGUCCGAUUUCACAAUUCAUGCAAGUCAUCAAAGACAUGACGGGUUGGGAAUGGAGUCUAAUCGGCGCUGGACCAGACCCACGUUUGGACGGAAAUAUUAAUGCCAUGAGUUACCAUUCAGGUGUGAAUGCAACUGGCCUCAAUUGGAAACAAGCGACACCGCAAUUCAACGAGACACACUUGAAGGCGUAUGUCGACUUCAUUGGCACGAUUUUUCAGAAGACACGUGCAAUCGACUAUGAUGCUUCAGCAUCUAGUAGUACGCCAUCCACCCCAUCCAAUUCCCAGUCACUUGAUUCCAGCUGCUCUCAGCCAGAUGCACUCACCACAACACCUCCGGCUACAACAUCUGUUCAAUCACCGCCUCUGGUUUUAUCUGCACCCCCUGCUUCCACUGAGCUCUACAACCUCCAACAUGACCCAUCCGUCUCCUUCCCCAGUGUCGGUCAGCAGUCAUCCAACGGAUACAGCCUCCAAGACGUCUCAUUCACAAAAGAUUCCACAGAAUCAUUUGACGCGCCGAAUUGGGAAAAUCCGCCGCCUCUUCUCCGCCCCUUACUUGACGGAUCUCAAAGCAUGCCCAAUGGGUCUACAAGCACUUCCACCUGGGGGACGCCACCUGCACUGCACUCAUUCCUGUCUUCAACAAACUCUUUCCCCCCUGCACUACAGUUGUCCCCAAUCACACCACAUUUGUUUACCCAAUCGGCAGCAUCGCACUCGCUACCUUCUUUGCCACCUAUAGCAACCCCACAAUUCACGUUCCCGUCACUUCCUUCCCCGUCACUCCCUUCCCACUCCCUUCCAUGUCACUCCUCAGUUCUCCCUUCACCCAUUGUCGCUGCCCCGGUUGUCGCUGCCCCAGUUCUCGCUGCCCCGUCACUCUCUGCCCCGGUUCUCCCUUCCCCGUCACUCCCUGCCCCAGUUCUCCCUUCCAUACCUCCUGCGUCUCCUGUGGCGGAGACCCCACAAAAUGAAGAAGUGCAACAUAGCGCACCAGAGAAAACACUCAAGGCAAAACGAAAGCGCGCAUCAAAGGCUGUCGACACGGUCAUGGAGGUUAUCGAGUCCGCUGAUUCGAAUACACUGCGAAAGACUGGUCGUAUUCGGCAGGAGUCCACCCGUAUGGCGCAGGCAACCAAAUUGGCCAAAUCAACAAGCGAGCGAGAACUCGGAGAUAGGACUUUUUUUGAACGUUACCUAUAA